AUGCAGAUCAAGGAAAGAUUCCACCUUACCGCCACCGGUCACAAUCUUAACUAUCUUCCGGAGUAUAUCGCUCGCCGUCAUGGUUUCUUCAGAGAGCAGGGACUCGACUUCGACUUGAACAUACCAACUCCAUGGGAUGGUGUUCUUGACCAUCUUGAGAAAGGGACCGCUGAUAUGGCUCUUGGCGGUAUUUGGGUCCCAGCGAUGUAUCGGAACAGGGCGAAGAAUUACACCGUGUUUGCUCAGAUCGCGAACCGCUGCCCACUUGCUCUGCUUCGCCGAGGACAAGAUGAGGAAUUCAAAUUGGCCGAUGUGGCUAGAAAGACCGUCCUGAUGAAGUCAGGCGGAGGAGCAAGUGUUGGUCUCUUUUUCAAAAUGCUGUUACGUGAAAAUGGAAUCGACCCAAGAUCUGUCGACUAUAUCCAAGACCUAGACGGUGCGAUGCUGGGUACUCUGUUUGAAGGCGGCAUGGGCGAUUUUUUUGUGACAGAUAACCUCUCUGCUAUGGUUAUGGUAGCAAAAAACCCGGAUAUUUCAAUCGCAAUGGAAAUGGUCAAGGAAGGCGAUAUCCCUUGGAGUGUUUAUUACCGAGAGACUACUACUAUCACUCCGGUAGUACUGGAUUCACAGAGGCGGUUCUGUAUCGCUCUUGAAAAAGGCAUUGAUUGGGUUCUUAAACAUAACGCGGAAUCAUUCCAAGAUGAACUUGCCGAGUUAUUCCCAGAACGGCAUGUGGUCAUCAACCCGUAUACCAAAAGAAGCGUUUGA